ACUGACGUCAGAGGGAAAGCUGCGCGCGCGGGUCGGCAUGCUCCGGUCCCGCGGUAUCUCCCUCCCUUCUCUACCUCUCUGCCGGAGAGCCGUCCGCCGUCAUGACAUAAGUAUGUGCACGCGUGGACCCCGAACACGCAGUGUUAUGAAAGAGGCGGCGCUGUCAGUUCCUGCGGCCGAGUUCAGCGUGGCGAGGCGGCGCAGUGACGGAGGCGGGCGGCGCGGCCGGACACUUCGCAACUGCGGGAUAUUGGCUCGACAAUGGCAACUCCCCAUCACUGAAGAACGUUGCUGCCCAACAGCCCCUCCUCCCUGCACCUUGACACAACUGCUUUCCACUUUCCGUUUUCUUUUUUUCCCACACUCCUGAAACCCCCCCCCCCCCCCCCGCACCCCUCCCACCUCCUUCUUGUUCAAACAUGGACACCUCUGGAGACAGAACCUCCGCUCACGAUGGGCACCCCGACCCCACGAGCAGCCCCAGUCGCUCGGACCUCAGCGGACUGUACCAUCUUGGUCGGACGUUGGGGAGGGGCCACUUUGCCGUGGUCAAGCUGGCCCGCCAUGUCAGCACCAGGCAGCUGGUUGCCAUCAAGAUGAUUGACAAGACAAAACUCGAUGUGAUGGCUGCGAGUCACCUCUUACAGGAAGUGAGGUGCAUGAGGCUGGUUCAGCAUCCCAACGUGGUCCGCCUGUACGAGGUCAUCGACACGCCCACCACCCUCUACCUGGUGAUGGAGCUGGCCGAGGGGGGCGACCUCUACGACUACAUCCUGCGCCACGAGGGGGGCGUGGCCGAAGGCACCGCCAAGCGCCACUUUGCCCAGAUCGUGCGCGCUGUGGCCUACUGCCACCAGCUCCACGUGGUGCACCGGGACCUGAAGCCCGAGAACGUGGUGUUCUUUCCUCAGCAGGGGGCGGUGAAGCUGACUGACUUUGGGUUCAGCAAUUUAUUCCAACCCGGGACGAUGCUGGCCACCAGCUGUGGGUCGCUGGCGUACUCGGCCCCAGAGAUCCUGCUGGGGGAAGAGUAUGAUGCUCCAGCUGUGGAUAUCUGGUCUCUCGGGGUGAUCCUGUACAUGUUGGUGUGUGGAGCCCCUCCCUUCCAGGAAACCAACGACAGCGAGACUCUGGUCAUGAUCCUGGACUGCCGAUACCGCGUCCCAGAGCACGUCUCCCACGGCUGCAGAGGCCUGAUCUCCCGGAUGCUCCAGAAGGACCCGUCUUGCCGCGCCUCGCUUGAGGAGAUCGAGGCCCACGACUGGCUGCAGGGGCUCGACGACGCCCUGCUCAGCCCGGAGGCCCCGCCGUACUGGCUCUCGGGGGCCCUCUCCCCCAGCUCACCACGCUUGGGAGCACCUGAAUGUGGGGACCUACUGGCCGCGAGACCCCCUCCUCAGCAGGCUUUCCCCAGCCCCUGGCAGCCCAGCCUCACCUUGACCCUGCGUCCGCCUCUGGCUGAAGAGCCUCCGGUCACCAGGAACCUACCGGCGCUACAGCAGAUCUGCGAAGAGGAAGAGGAGGAGGAUGAAGAAGAAGUGGAGGUGCAGGGCGUUUUGGCCAAGGAGGCUGAAUGCUUGGCGUCUUCGGCCGUAGCAGAGCCAGAAAAAGCAGCUGAAGAGACGCUUGACAGCGCAGGUGAUCAGGAGUGCAGGGAGGAGGACCCAGAAGAGGAGUUAGGAAGCUUCGUAGAGGUUCUCGAGGAGACCGAGGAGGAGCAGGAUCAAAUGGAGAUAGAGGAGGAAGAUGGUGGCUGCGUGAUUUCAGACCAACCAUUGAGUCAUGGAGACAGCACGGCAAGUCAAACGGCCAAAGUUCCUCCAUCGCCUCUGCCUGGUUCGGCGGUGCCGUGCUGCCGGGGGGCGGUGGGCCCCCUGAGCCCGGAGGAAGAAGAGAUUGAACCUAACAACAACACCAAGUCCUCCGGCUCCUCUCCCAGACUCGCACUGAACGAGGAGCAGGCGCUAAAAGCGGGACGAGAAGGAGAGCGAGAAGGGAGGACGGGGGAGGGCGGGGGGGACGUCACCCCGACGGACCGAUCUCAAGCCCACAGUGCAUGGCCGGAGCAGGGGAAGAGGCACAGCAUAAAGCUGCGCGAGAGGCUCUUUCAGUUCCCGCUGUGCGAGAAGGCCCUGGCCUUCAACAUGCCGACGCACAACAAGCCCAAGAUCCUGCCGCUGGCCCAGUACAACUGCUGCCACGUGCUAUGAGAGCCACAGGGCUUCAUACCUGCGAACACUCGCCUGCAGCGCCGGGCGAAGGCGAUCGGCGUGGCGUUGAGCCGGCGGAGGUGUGCAGCACAGUAGUCGGAUAUCAGCAGAAAACUGUUACAUAACAGGGCCAACAGGAGUGCGGGAGAAUGAAGAGCGGUAACAACAGGAAGAGAUGGAAAUGAACAUUUUUAUUGAAUAAGCUAUAGUCUUUUUUUGUUUUUUGUUUGAAAGGUGCCUAAAAUGAUUCGAUGGGUUUCUGCACAUGCAUGGCCACCAAGUUGUUUUGGUCAAAAAACCCUCAAAAAGUCAGAAUGGUAUAGCACUCCGUAGAUUCACGAUUUCAUAUUCUAUAAUAUGUGAAUUAGAACAAACUUUGAACCAGCUCGUGCUACAGAGCGGCACUCGUUUUCUCUUCCCUUUGCACAACCGGCUUCUCAAGGUUCAAAAGCUCUUGAUAUAAGCUAUUAUAGAAAGAUGGAGACUGUUAUCAUACAGUACGACGUGAAAUAUGAUGCUGUGUAAUAUAUGCCUAAGAAUAAGAUGAUGAUAUGAUUUUCUGUACUCUUAAGUCCUAAAGUUUAUUUGAUGUAAUGACGUGUCCUAACAUACUGUACUUAACUGUUAAACGGGAUCAUUGAUCGGGAUGCAGGUCUUCCAGUGUAUUUCAACGUGUUCUUUUUAUUCACACUGAAAUGUCGUAUUUGAUCACAACAGAUUUAUUUUGUGUGGGCAGAUAUGAAUUUUCUGAAGAGACAUGUGACUCUGCAUGUUGUUACUGUUAUUUAUCACACUAUACCUCCACGUGUCUUGGCUGUGACAGGACGUGUUCCUGUGUACCUGUAAGUACUUUGAGGUAAUCCACUCACGGAUGCACCUCACACAGUACGUCUACUGCAGCAGGUAUCUUUAUCGAGCUUUAGAUGUGUUGGGUCAUUUAGAGCGAAUGAUGUGACUCCUUACUGUGUAGCUGAGUCCCUUUGUGUGCUCAUACCAUAUAUAAGCCUCUGCGUGGCUCUAUUUUCUCCUCUUUUGAAGCAGAGACACGAAGUGAAACAUUUUGUCAGGUUAAGGAAGAUUCGUAAAAUUCCUUCUACAGUAAAGAGGGCGUACUCCAAUCAGGCGCUGCAGCCUCACAGGGACAACUAGUCGGAUUAUUACCGCGCAACCUUUGAUCCCCGGCUAUAUAAGCAGCGGGUGUCACGUGAAACAUGAAAUCCGUGCAGAGAAGGGAUGAAUACCCCAUUAUUCGUUCCUGUGUGAUUGCACCCCCCCCCCCCCCCCUCAGUGUGUCUGUGUCUACUGACCGGCAUUGUAACUACUACCACGUCUCCAUGGAGCUGUGAAUUUAUUUUUCUGUAUUUAUUUAUUAAAAAUGGAUUCAAUCAACAGGAUGAAUGUGUGCGGUGUGCUGGUUUUAUAGAGCGUGACCGGUGAUGCUGCGCGUACACGCAACAUAUUUUCAGUUCCUUUGGCUUCUUAAGAUAAAAGCAUUCAAAUUCUGCCACAGGGUGUAUGAUAGACAUUGUCAGAUAAGACGAGAGCCCUGGAGGAGGAACAGCAGAAUGGAUGAAGACCACUGGUUUCUUUUGUUUAUUUUGCAUUUCUAUGUUUGAUAGUUUUAGGUGCUGUUGUGUUCUGGCUCUAAGACCUCACCAAAUGGUGGAAAACACACACAGGGGAUUUAAAAAAAUAUAUUUGCAAACCAAAAUGUGGAUUAGACUAAACCAUGCUGGCGGAAAGGCAAACUGCCACUUUAGCUGAGCCACCCAUCCGACACUGCACAAGCUGUGCCACGGGAAACGUUCUGCCAGUACAGGCUACUUCACCCGGUCCAACCACCACGGGCCAUGUGUUUGUUUGUCUGAAACCUCUUAAGGCUUAAUCGCUCGGUUUAAAGUCUACAGCCACUUUAAUCUGGAUCAAACUGUUAUGAUGUACAAAUACACAUAACUCUAAGUGCUAAUACCAAAGGUAGAACCCGGAUUGUUCAAUUGUGACAAAACAGGUGCUCGCAGUUGAGUUAUCAGGCCUGUGUAAUAUGAGUGAUGAGUUGUUUUAUUUUAAUGUGUGUAAAAUGAUUGUAUAUUGUAUACAUAAAUUAUCUGUUGCCCAAUAUGACUGCAUCAUUUAACCUGCUAUGUGCCCUUGAUUAAAACCAACUCAGCACUUUU